UUUUGUGCCCCCAUUCCCUCAUGCCGCCCUGGACAACUGCCCAUGUGACCCACAUUAAAAAUAAAAUCACCGCUGGAUGAGCUUGAUGUUGGUUUUUAGUUGGCGACUGUAGGAAAUAUUGAACGUACAUCCAAUAUUACACUAAUAACCAGGACGGCAGUGGCACACAGGAGAGUCGUAUGAAGCUCAGGAUUGUGUUCGUGGGGAGGAAGGGGGGUGGAAGUGGGAGUGGGAGUUGUGGGGGCUACAAUAUGAGAAGUAACGUCGCUGGAGGAGCAGAUGUGACGGCCGAACUGUUGGUAGCAGAUGUUAAUUAGCGGAGGAAACGUUAACGGGAAUAACCGGAUUAUGAGGAUUUGAGGAGGAGAAGUCGCCUGAACCCGGUGUCAAGCACACACACGGCGGGGAGGAUUAAGUCCCGGGCGCCGUCGCUCCUCUCACCGCGCUCCGGGGGUGACUGUCAUGGGCAUCGACCGGCGGCGGAGAGCCUCCCUGGCUCUCACCUUGAACUUCCUCGCGCUGCUCCUGGCCGUGUCGGCUCUCACCACCAGCUACUGGUGCGAGGGCACGCGCAAGGUGGUGAAGCCGUUCUGCACGGGUCUGGUGACCACCAGGCAGGCGUUCUGCAUCAUGUUCAACAGCUCCAACAUCAACGACACGCGGCUGGUGCAGUACAUCUGGGAGACCGGCGAGGACAAGUACGUGAUGAGGAAGUUCCACACCGGCAUCUGGUUCUCCUGCGAGCAGAACAUCAACAUGACCGGUGAAAAAUGCCGGAGUUUCAUUUAUGUGGCGCCGGCGAACGAGAGAGGAGUGCUGUGGCUGUGCAUCGUGGCAGAGUGCCUGUACAUCCUGCUGCUGGCCACAGGGGGCAUCCUCAUGUCUUUAGAAGUUUGUCACAUCGGCAGCGUCAUCGACGGCCUGAAGCUCAACGCCUUCGCUGCCAUCUUCACCGUGCUCUCAGGUCUGUUAGGUAUGGUGGCCCACAUGAUGUUCACCACAGCUUUCCAGCUGACCGUCAGUCUGGGUCCAGAGAACUGGAAACCUCAAACGUGGGACUACAGCUGGUCGUACAUACUGGCGUGGAGCUCCUUCACGGCCUGCAUGGCGUCCUCGGUCACCACCAUCAACCGCUACACCAAAACUAUCCUGGAGUUCAAGCACAAGCGCAGGAACAUUGAGAAGAACCUGAAGAUCAAGCAGAAGCUGCUGGAGCUGGACUCUCCGGAGCAAGUGUGGGACAUGUACAUCAGCUCGGUACCGAGCACCGCCGAAGAGCUGCUGGACCUGUCGACGAGCGGCCGCAAACUCUCCAACGCCUCCAUCUUCCUGGACCUCAACGACCUGCCCGACCCGCAAGGAGAGGAGUACUGCUAGAGGAACCGGGUCUUGAGAGGCGACAACAUGGAUGUUACGCUCUGCAUGAUACAGUGUGAAUACUGUAAAAAGGCUAGCUGAAAGUUUUAACUCUUCUUUUCCGCCACACGACUUUAUACAAUCAACUUCCCGCUCUGCUUUGCUCUCUGCCAGCUCUUAAGGUGUGAAGAUGGAUCCUUAUCAUGCUGAUUCUGCUGGCUUGAAUGAAGGUGUAGCUGGUAGGUCAACCUGAAUUUAACUUUGGCUCUAAUCCAUGGUAGCCACUGUGGGACCAACGGGUCUGUGUGGAUUUCACCAGCAGCGUAUACUGUGUUAUUUCCUUGUAUUAAAACAUCAGCUUUGCUUUUCAAUGUAUGCUUUGAGAUGCUGUAUUUUCUAAUGUAUGUGGAACAUAAAACAGUUGAGAGUCGAUACAAAUUUGUACCAAAUUCUUGGCAGUUCCCAGGAUCCCACAGUCGCUUUUAAUUUUUUUAGUUGAUUCCACCCCCCCCCCCCCUUUGUGAAUCGGCUUUACCAAGCAGACUUUACUGAACUUGGUGUCAACGUGAAGCACAGCAACAAAAUGAAUCUAUUCUGAAUCAAGAGGGCAACGCAGGGUAAGAGGUGAGCCCUAAGUCCUUUUAAACAACUAUAAAAUAAACAGUUGAGUCAUAAGUAAUGAUGAAGGUCAGAUUUUUAAAAAUACGUAUGUAUAACCUUUAUCUGCGAGUCAAACUUGAAUUGUGUGUUUUUAUUCGCUUUAGCUUGCUAGCAAAGUGAAUACUCAUGCUAGCUAGCAAAAAACCUCACGAGCUAACAUGUAAAUUGAUGACUAUGGUUUAUGCUUUUUUGUCUCAGCUGACUACCAAAAGACCAACUUAUGUACAAAAUUUCUAUAUUUUCCAUGCAGUUUGACAUAUGAAAACAAAUUGAUAGGUUUUUUUUAUUACGAGGAAUCAAUAUCGUCCCUCCUAGAUAUAGUCUGAAAAGUCAAUAAAUGCUUUGAAAAAGUGUCUGCCCAUUUACAGAUUUCUUUUGUUUUAUCACAAUCAGGUGUUUUAGAUAAUGGAUCAAAUGUUAAUAUCAGGCAAGGUUAAUCAGAGAUGGAAAAUUCAUUUUAAAAAAUGGAAAAAUACAAUUUAAACCAGUCUGACCGUAUAUAAGACUGUGAUUGAUCCAAGAAGUCCUGGAAGACGUUUUGGCUCAUAAAUCCACAGAACAAUUUCCCAUAAGUCUUGGGCAUCGAGAUUCUUUGGGGAGCAAAUGUGAGAGAGCAUUUCGUGUUCCUUUGAGUCAGGACUGUUUUUUUUUUACUUUAGAAAUCUUCUGGAUGAGUAAUUGAAGCGUUCUCUGAGUACUUUUGAACGACCUGCCUUCCCUGGGGAAGUUCACCUCUGACCCAGGAUUUCUCCAUUUGCUGUUCCAAAGCCUCAUCUAUGGCUUUAUUACUGACUUUCUGAUCUGUUUCAAAUGUUUCGACAUCAGAGCAUGAUUUGUUGCUUCUUCAUCCUGUCAGACUGGUUGAAUUUAAGUGAUUUCUGGAUUCCUCAGAUCAAGCAGUAAUGAGGCCCGGGUGUGGUUAGUGAAACUGGUUGGUUCAGAUAGCAUUUUCCCCUAGCAAAUGAAAAUUUACAUGAUUUUUUUUGAUGAUCUGAAACUUUGAAGAACUCUGUAAAAGGGCAACACCUGUUUAACGCCACUGUAUCUAAGAUGUAUGGAACGCAACAUAAAUCUGGUUGAACCUUUUGACAAGUUGCUGAGUUCUUCAUAUUACUUUUCAUUAGCAAUGUACCUCUGCUAAGCAUUGUUGCUAAGAAGGAAAACGACUUCUUCAACAUGGCUUAAUAACUGUCACGUUGUGGCACGAAAGUCAUGCGAAGGAACAAAUUGGAUGAAAGAUCUAUGAAUGAACUGACUUGAUCCCCAUCCCAGUAAACGCAACAUAAUCUAAAGCAAGCACACUCAAUAGUUUGGACACCUGACUGAUCGUUGGACUUUUCCGAUUGAUGAAGCACUGUGAGUCCGUGACUCUUCACAGCUGUAGAUGCCGAUUGCUGACUCUUCUUGCAGCAACUUAUUUAACGUAUAUCUGAGAGACUAAUCACUGCCUUCUUUUCAAGCGAUCCAAAUUUAGUCGUCUGAAACAAAAAAAAAAGUUGCACCGGACAGGCUGUGGACUGAGGAGGCAUAAACAAUCUCUAAGAAGUGAACUGAAAGACUCUGCUCUUUCACUCUCUGAGGCAUGAGAAGCUGGAUUCAAGAGAAGCUGCGUGGAUGUGGAUGUGGGAUGCCUAAAGGAAACGUUGAGUGCCUUUACAUCCAGAAGCAUGCCUCUGAUCACACAGUAUGCUGAACAAGGGCAAAGCUGUUUCUCUGCCUAACCCCGAUUCCAAAGCAGCGGGUAGCUAUUCGUGCAAAUUGCCAAAACUUUUCCUCUGGAGAAAUGCACCUCUUUCUAAGCUUUCUGCUUGUACUUUCACAUUAUGUUGAUGAUGCAGAACUUGAUACUUUAAGUCUAGAAGCAUUUUAAUAGCAUUUUGACUUAAUUUUUUGUGUAACUUUGAUGACUUUCCAAGGUAUUCAGCCUAACUUUCAAUUGUUUUUUCGCAAGCUGGGUUUAUAAGGCUUAGAGCACGAAUCUCUUGUCUUUACUUGUGUUUCAUAUCUUAAGGUAUUUACAGUCUCUUUGUGUGGUUUCUCUUUGUUAUACUUUUGUGGGUGGUUAUUUGCAAGCUAUUAUAACAUAAAGGAGAAGAUUUAUGAACAGAUUUUAUUGAAAGAUAAAUGGGGAAAAAAGCAUAUAUCAUAAUAAAGAAUGGAAUUUCAUAUGUUGGAAACUGUUUUUCUCUAGACGUUGAAUUUAAAGACCACAAGGUGGCAGUGUUGCCUUUGUAUUGGUCGUGAGCAAUUUCCCGCCUCAACAAGAAGCAGAAGAAUUGCAUUAAGUCAGUUAUAGAAUCAAAUAAAAUAAGCUAAAUCGAAUCAGUCCCGAAAUUAAAAUCUUUAUUUACAUUUCUGUGGCGAGCACCAGGCUUUUUAUAUCGUUUUUGUAGGAUUUUAUGGGCUCAUUCAACUGAGGUUCAGAGACGUGGACUACUGUUUCUAGAUUUCCUGAAUUUUUAUUUUUUUUGUCUAAUGUAAAUGUUUCAGAUAUCCAAAUAAAUUAAAUAAACUACAAAACCAAA